AUGCAAGGGCGCCGGGGCGCUGACACUCAGGCCGUCGCGGCCGCGGAACCCACGUUCUCCACCCCCCGCUCCCCGCCCACCAUUAACACGCUUCCCCCGGGCCGUGAGGCGCACCUCAUCCCGGUCGGCGAGCGUCCAAAGGCCGGAGGCGCCCGGCGGGACUGCCCCGGGAGCGGCACGGAGAGGAGGUCGGGGUCACCCGGGGAACGACCGCCAGAGCAGAGCCUCCCCGGACCCCUGCCGGGCCGAGACCGCGCGACCGAGGGCGACCCCCCGCCGCCCGCCCACCCGCUCCCGGCGCGGAUGCCCCGCGCGUCCAUUUACCCGGGAACGCAGGGCUCCCCGCUGGCUCCCGGCCGCCAAGCUCCACUCCGGGCGCGCUCGCUCCGGCGCCGAGCCACUUCCGGGUUCAGCCCCCGGCCCCGCCCGCCCUUCCCCUGCCGUCGCCCCGCCGCCGCCGCCGCGGCCACCGAACACCGCGCGGCCCUGCGCAUGUGUGCGCGCUCACCGUCCCCGCGCAUACUCCGUGAUGCCCCCGCUCCUGAGCUACACCAGCGACUACACCGCGAGCCCGUUAGUCCAGGUUUUCGCGGCGGUUCUGUGGCCGCUGUGACCGAGCCAGUCUGGCCCUGGGGGACAGCCUUGCGGGGACCGGCGGAGGAGAAGACGAGGCGUAGUUGCGUAGGACUGGGCGGGGGCACCGCGGCGCGAGCGGACGGCGUCCUCCCGGCCUGGGGCAGUUCGCGGCGGCCCCUCAGCGGCUGGCGACCCCUCAGCGGCUGGCGACAGCGUCUCUGCCAACGCCGCACCGCGUCUGAAGAACCCAGCCGGACGCAGCUAACGCAGUUGCUCCUAAAAUUAGUGUUUGACUUCUUACCGUCCACAGAAAAGUGUACGUAUAAGCAUACAGCUGGUAGGACAGGAAACAAAGCCGAAACAAGGAGAAAAGAAGGUCCACAGACUAACUUUUGGGGCCAGUGUCCAGGAUUGUGCGUUUGUAGCACAGUCCCAGGUGAUGCCGGGCUUGGUCCCCCGAAGACUACACGUUUAGUAGAGGGUCCUAGUCGUGUGGUUUUCCAGAACCCGUUCCCGGUUCCCCUUUGGAUGGACCUGGUACAGAAAAGUUAUUCCUGACACUUGUUAACGUCAGUGGAUCGUCUUAGAGCAAAGACUGAGCUUUCCAGCGAAGUUGUUCUCCUCAGGACUUCAACCUGAAAACUCUGCCUGGGUUUUCAGCCUGAUGCCGUGAAGUGUCUGGACUGAAGAUUGGAACAUCAACUCUUACCUGAGUUUCCUAUGGAAACUUCUAUCCAUAGGCCUGUCCUAUGGAUUUCAGACUUACUAGCCCCAAGAAUCAACCAUGCAAGUCAAUUCCUUAGAAUAUCUAUCUAUCCUGUCAGUUCUGUUUUUCUGGAGAACCGUCACUGGUACACUAGCAAUGAACAAUAGGAAAAUGAAAUUGAAAAAUAAUGCCUUCGUAUUUUCCUCAACCAUGUGGCACCAACAUCCAGGUCCCUAAGGUGUCAGAAGUCUUUGUCAAAGGAAGUAGCAGUGGGGUGGGUGCCCACAAGGAAAGCGCAGAGCCAGAAAGCGAAGACAGAAGGAAAUCUACACUCUUGAGAACCUCUUUCCUAUAGCUUCCUUUUGCUGAUCUGUCAUGGUCUUAAUUCAACAUCCUUUAAAAGGCUGUUUCACAAAUUUAUUUCUGAAAAUGAAAAUGUGUUUCUUCAUUUACUCACUGAAUAUCCAUUGAACAACUAUUCUGUACCCUGCAUGUAACAUUUUAAAUAAACUUAGUCAUAAAAGGUGUUAUUUGACAGCGUCAGAAAUAUAAAAUACCUGGGAAUAUGAAAUACCUGAGCACUCUCCCUAAAACACAAUUCAGAGACAUUAAAGAAGACCUAAAUAAUUGAAAUAUGUCAUAUU